GGAUGAUAAAGAGACAUGAUGUGAAUCUUAUCUACAUAGGUCAGCAGAAUAAUUGAAGCAGAUCAAGACUCUGCUGAGCUAGGAGGGGGAUUGGGGUGGUGAGAGUUUAAUUGGAUGGUGGGUUUUUGUGAAACCUGUGGAUUGGGGCCUAACAAGCCUGUUUGUAUUUUUUUUUUUUUUUUUUUUUUCAUAUCAUGUUGAUAAUUUUUCUUUUUUUUUCUUUCACACCAUCACCCUUUCUGUUCUUGCUCCUUCAAACCCUCCUGCUUAAUGGAUUACAGCUGUGUGUGCUACUUGAUGAAUUGGCUUAUCCUCCUCUUCCACAUCUUUAUCCCUGCCCACUGCGCCCUCAUAGAUCCCAGUCUUGUGGUUGUAAGGGCAAGGGUUCCAAUGUACAGCUGUAAGGCCACCGCACUUGCGACAUUUGAAGGAGUCUCCAUUGACCACACCACGACAUGGUCGCCGAGUUGACCAGAUUGUAGCUGUACACCGUUUGUGAUUGGACACUAGCUUAAAGGUGUGUACUUCGGGAUUGGGGACAUCUGGAUGAUGCUCUUUGACCAUUCGGAGCCAGAGUUCUUUGGGUUGCAAGGGUGGCAGCACUGUUUCUACCGGGGUUGCUUCCUGAAUCGUCUCCUCAUCGGGGAGCUCCGUGGCUCCGGGGCGUAGUAGGGGCUCUGUGAGUUCUCCAGGAACCGGGACCUCAUACCAUCUGUGGGGCAGUGCGCGAAGGCCCGAUAAAACAGUGAGCAAGACGAUAAUCGGAAACGUUGGAGAGUGCAUCGAUAGUAUCCGGAGAGGCUCGAACGAAGGUUACUGGGAUUGGCAAUAAGCUUGUCUAAAUCGGUGUUAGAGGGGAGUCUUGUACCGUUCGGAGAGAGUGCCGUAGCGUGCAGGGCGGUUUCUGGGGUUUUUAUCAGCUCCGGUGGGGACGACCCGUUCGACCUUAUAACUCCGGCCCGGCAGCCGACUCGGCCGCGGCGAGUACAAUACAUACCCCCAGAGAGGAGACUUCAAGACACUACAUACCACUGCAAGACAGGAUACACACCCAACCGACCGAGCUACGAUCCAGUGGAUGGACACGAAGCGCACACCAUAAUGACAGAUCCGACCACAAGCAUCGUUACGAAGCCGGAGGGGAAGCCGACGCCGACGCCGACGAAGCAAGAGCCGGCGCAUUCGAGUGCCAAGCGAGUCCGAGGACCGACGGGCGUCUACUCCAAGCUACUCCCGAUCAGCCUGCUCCCCAACAACAAGCCAGAAAGCUUCCUGACUAGGCUACUGCCCCUACUCAGACCGGACCAUCAUCUCUCAAACUCACUAGGAUCAUCUCCAGCCAUCACCGCCAAUUAUGAGAAGAUCACUAAUAGCGUCUGGCUCACUUCCGGUAGAACGAUCCUAUGGCAGCAAGGCUUCUUCGGUAAAGGUAGUCUUAGUAGGAGUGAGCCCACCUGGCUCCAACGAGCUAAAAAUCGCAUGUUACUCGAAGUCUUAGAGGACGAUAGAUAUCUCAAACUGACGGCCGAGGAACUGACCGCGAAGCGGCGAGUGGAGCGGAAGGAGAGCAAGAUCCAGAAAUCCAAGCUCAAACAGCUGGCCAUGAACACCGAAUCAGUCGUCGCAACCUCAUCCGAAACCGUCGAAACUCCGCGAGAGACCAAGCCCGCUCCCAAACAGAAACUGGCUCAAUUGAUCCCCGAUGAUCUGAUGUUGGAGGUCGAGAAGAUCGAUGACCUGGAACACCUUCAAUUGAUGAAUGAGGAGGCUUUUUUUCUGUCGUUCGGGUUGGGCUGUCUGGAUGUAUCAUUAUCGGCCGAGGAUUCUUCUUCGGGCCCAUUGACGAUCUUGGAGAUGUGGGAUCUGUUUUGUCGGGCGUCACUCCGAGGGCAAUCCGACCAAACGAUCCGACCAGACAACCCGUUCAUCCUCUCCUACGUGGUCUACCAUCACUUCCGCUCGCUCGGUUGGGUAGUCCGGUCGGGUAUCAAGUUCUGUGCAGAUUGGGUGCUCUACGGAUCCAGGGGUCCUGUGGGUGGCCAUGCCGAGUUCGCUGUCUGUAUGAUUCCGGUGUAUGCUGAUGGUAGACCAGUGGAGACGAUGGAAGACCGGAGCUCAUGGAGAUGGCUAGGAACAGUCAACCGGGUCUGUUCCGGUGUCAAAAAGACUUUGAUCUUGGUCCAUGUGGUCGUUCCAGACGAAUUCGAAACUGAUGACUUGGAUUCUCCCGAGAUCUUGACCAAAUAUAUCAUCAAGGAAAUCGCCCUUAAACGGUUCAUUCCUGCCCGGAUGAGAGACUGAGGACUAUACCAAAAAUGAAAACUCGACUUGCAUUCAUAUUCGCAUCUUCAUCUUUCUGUGUUUCUUUCAUUAUACCAUAGAUAUGAAUAUCGUUUCGUAAUCUUUGUCACUACCCCUCCCCAAAGACCCAGCCUAAUAAGCAAGGCUAGUGUAUUAAAAAUAGACAUGGUGGCACUCCAACAGAUACUAUGUACUCGCAUUUGUUACCAACUGGUCUGCAGUCAAUCCAUUUUGAAAUUAAAAGAUGUCAGCAGUCUUCAUUCACAAAGCUUAUUCUCAGUCAGACAGACGUCUGUUUCAAACACUCUCUGCUUUGCAAGAAGGAGCAA